AUAGCGCAAGCGCUCGGCGUUGGGACGCCGAGCGUCUCGGUGGCUACGGUAGCACCGCGAACACCGGGGUGUCUUUAAUUCUUCAUACGAAGUCCGCCCGCGAACAACGCUGUCCGCGAAUGACUCGCCGAGCUUACCAGUUCAAGCUCUCUUCUGAUAUACGAACUGUAAUAAAAUGAAACGAAUAGACAAUCGCAUCUCUCUUGUACAUGAUCCACGAAGUUCACAUUAGUUGUUUACGUACGUAAGUUAUAUCGAUCACCGAGCGACGAGUGUGUUUCUCGAGACGAAAAAGUUCGGUCCAAGUGUGCCAAAAAAAAAAAAAAACCAAAACUUUCUUCAGCUUCAUCGAGAAAGUGCAUGUAUACAUAGCACGAUACGUAAAAAAACUAUAUUUUACGAAUUUAUUUUGAACAGGGAUAACAAAUGAUAGUGAGACCACGCGCCGUACUUACUUUCGGCUGCUCAUCGUGGAUAAAAAUCGGCAGUGAAACGAAACUGUAAAAUAAAAAUCGUAGGGAACUCGAUCGAAAUUUUUGACCAAUCGUAACCGGACCGCGAGCUCUUGACAUCCCGUCGGUGUAGCAUGUGUGAAAUAUUCGAGGAUAAUUUUGAGUACAUCCCGAACUACAAGGUCGAAUCGAAACACCUUGAGCAUCGCCAUCGAGGUCCGCGAAACUUCCAGGAUCGAGGGUGCGGAAACAAUCAGAAAAGAUGAAUAUCUCGAACGAAACGGACAUCGGAGAGUCCAUAGACACAUACCAAUGUGGCGCCGGUUUGGACAACUUUCAUACCGGUUACAUCCAGGUCCAUGGAUACGCCAGCCUCUUGGUCUGCCUGUUCGGUUCGGUGGCGAACACCCUGAACAUAGCAGUUUUGACGAGGCGUGAGAUGAAUUCGCCGACGAACGCGAUUCUGACCGGUCUGGCGGUCGCCGAUCUCCUGGUGAUGCUCGAAUACAUACCGUACGCCAGUCACAUGUACCUCGCCGAAAGACCACGCAGGGAUCGUUUCACCUACGGCUGGACGCUUUUCGUACUUUUUCACUCGAAUUUCGCCCAAGUUUGUCACACGAUAUCGAUUUGGCUGACCGUGACCUUGGCGGUGUGGCGUUACAUCGCCGUAGCUCAUCCCCAAAUGAACAGGGAACUCUGCAGCAUCCAGAGGACCAUAAUGGCGAUCGCCGGCGCUUACGUUAUAUGUCCUAUAAUAUGCUUACCGCUUUACUUCACGGUCAGCAUCGAGCCGAGGAUCGAACCGAUCGACGCCGAUGGAAACGCUUUCAAUUUGACGCUGAGCAACGGCACCCUGCCCGAAGACGUCACGAACACGACGUUGUACUUCGUUAACCUGAGUCAGACGGCCAAGACGCACAAAUUUUUGAACGACAUGAACUUUUGGAUAUACAGUGUUGUGAUCAAGAUCAUACCGUGCAUCGCGUUGACGAUUCUUAGCCUCCGACUGAUCCUGGCUUUGGUGGAGGCGAAGAGGAGGAGGCAAAAACUCACGUCCGCUACCCUCGUGAGAACGGACGACAAGUCGACCGACGGUACCGAGGUCGUAAAGACGAGAAAAAAAUCAUCCAGGCUAAUGGACAAGGAGAGACAAACCGACAGGACCACGAGAAUGCUUUUGGCCGUACUACUACUAUUUCUCAUCACCGAAUUCCCACAGGGAGUUCUCGGUCUACUCAGCGUUUUACUCGGCGAUGGAUUUUUCCGCACCUGCUACGUCAAACUAGGUGAAGUGAUGGAUAUAUUGGCGUUGAUAAAUUCGGCGAUCAACUUCAUACUCUACUGUGCAAUGAGCCGUCAAUUCCGUAUGACUUUUAACCAGCUGUUCGGAAGAUGGAAAUUACUCGGUCGUUGGACGCCUAUACCGCAGCAUGGAGAGAACAACGGAAACACGGGUACAAAUCACACGGUUACUCAAGUUACGCAAGUCUAGCAUAGGCGUUUGCGGAAAACCAAUAUUUGCUUUCCUUUAUAACUCGAAAUUGUUAUAAAACAAUAUCCAUGCUACUAGGAAUUAAUCUCCGCAAAAUCGAGCCGAGAACGUCGAGAUUUUUUUUCGGUUCGUCGUUCACGUUUUGCAAUGAAAGGAAAAUGAAAACAAAAAAAAACCAAAAAUAUCAAAAGAGAAGGUGAACGCCGGAUCGAAAACGAGAGAAAAAAAUAAUCGCCGUCGAUAUAACGAUUACGGUUAAAAAUCGGAACAAAUUAUACAACAAGAACAAGUUGUGUCACCGCGAAAAGCUCCGGAACGCCUACAGCUUUUUUUCAUCAUUCCGAUCCCGAUGUCCCAAAAAUUGCCGUUUGGUCGGCCGUUUCGCCGCUCGUUCCCAUGUUUGUUUUAAUAUAGAAUCAUGAUCUAAGAGUUUACGAAACAUGUAGCCGACGCAUCCGCGGAUAUUUUUUCUAUUUAUUCGUCACUAUUUUUCGUUUCCUCAUUUUAUUCCAAUUCUAUAAACAUCUCCGGCGGCGCGGCGCGGCCGAGCGGAGCAUUUCGAACGAAUUUUGAAUAUCGAUGAAUUAUUUAUCGACGUGAAGCUCGUACCCAUUGCGCGGUUGUGAUAGUUAUAUAUAUACAUAUAUAUAUAUAUAUAUAUAU